UUCUCGCUGGCUGCUUUAAGGUUUUGCACAAAUCCAUCAUGAGGAGAAUAACCGAGUGAUUCUUUAUCUGUAAGAUUUUUUUUGUGUGAUAAACUCGUGUUUAUCGGUGGGACUGGAGCAGAAGAACGUGAUGCUUUCCAAAAAGCUCCCACUGACUCCUUGUACUCCUCUGAUCCUCCUUAUUUCUGGAGCGGAGAGAUGGAAAAAGUGCUCAGUUAAGUAGCUCAGUGGCUGUCAUGGCUGAAAGGUCAAACUUUGGGAGUCAGAAAGUCUCCCGUCCCCCGGGUUCCCUUCCGCCCGAGCCCAUCGACAUCAUCCGGAACAAGGCUCGCUCCAGAAGAGUCCGGAUCAAUGUGGGCGGUCUGGUCCACGAGGUCCUGUGGCGGACUUUGGACCGCCUGCCUCGCACGAGACUCGGAAAGCUGAGAGACUGCAACACCCACGACACCUUAAUGGAGAUCUGUGACGACUACAGCAUCAACGAGAACGAGUACUUCUUCGACAGACACCCGGGUGCCUUCUCCUCCAUCUUGAACUUUUACCGGACGGGCAAGCUGCACAUGAUGGAGGAGAUGUGCGCGCUGUCGUUCGGCCAGGAGCUCGACUACUGGGGCAUCGAUGAGAUCUACCUGGAGUCAUGCUGCCAGGCGAGAUACCACCAGAAGAAGGAGCAGAUGAACGAGGAGCUGAGGCGCGAGGCUGAGACGCUGAGGGAGAAGGAGGGGGAUGAGUCGGAUACGGGAUGCUGCCCGGAUAAGAGGAAGAAGCUGUGGGACCUGCUGGAGAAGCCCAGCUCUUCUGUAGCAGCGAAGAUCCUGGCAAUAAUAUCCAUUCUGUUCAUCAUCCUGUCCACCAUCGCCCUGUCACUGAACACCUUACCUGAGCUACAAGUCACAGACGAGUUUGGACAGUUGAAUGACAACCCCAACCUUGCCCACGUGGAAGCCGUGUGCAUAGCAUGGUUCACCAUGGAGUACCUCCUGCGCUUUCUGUCUUCACCCAACAAGUGGAAGUUUUUCAAAGGCCCUCUGAAUGUCAUCGAUCUACUGGCCAUACUUCCCUACUAUAUCACUAUAUUUCUCACAGAGUCCAAUAAAAGCGUUCUUCAGUUCCAGAAUGUACGCAGGGUGGUCCAGAUAUUCCGCAUCAUGAGAAUACUCAGGAUUCUGAAACUGGCCAGACACUCCACAGGCCUUCAGUCACUGGGCUUCACACUCAGGAGGAGCUACAAUGAACUGGGUUUGCUGAUUUUGUUCUUAGCAAUGGGAAUCAUGAUCUUCUCCAGUCUGGUGUUCUUUGCUGAAAAAGAUGAAGACGCCACCAAAUUUACCAGCAUUCCAGCAUCCUUCUGGUGGGCCACGAUUACGAUGACGACGGUGGGUUAUGGUGAUAUUUAUCCACAAACACUUUUGGGUAAAAUUGUCGGUGGGCUUUGUUGUAUCGCUGGUGUACUGGUGAUUGCCUUGCCGAUUCCAAUCAUUGUGAACAACUUCUCAGAGUUCUACAAAGAGCAGAAGAGGCAGGAGAAAGCCAUCAAGCGUAGAGAAGCUUUGGAAAGGGCGAGGCGAAAUGGCAGCAUUGUAUCGAUGAAUAUGAAGGAUUCCUUUGUGCGUCAAAUGGAAUUGGUUGAUGUUGUGAUUGAGAAGAAUGAAGAGAAGCCCUCGGACAACCACCUUUCCCCAAGUAGAUGGCCGUAUCAGAAAAGCCCCUGCACUGCCGCCAAAUCCUAUGACCCUAAAUAUCAGGACGUGAUGCAGUUACGGUCUCCAGAGAAAGGUAUCAAGCCAUGCCCGAGCCCUCAGCGAUUAAACGCAAAAUCUCUGGAGCAAAUGUAUAACCAAAUGGCAAUGACUCCCAGUGCAUCGGCUCCAAAAGAAGGUGGUAGGAUUGGCAGGGAGGAGAGUCUGGAGAUGAAGGUGGUUCAGACUGAACCAACGAUGAAGGAACGUCCUGUUACUGAGAUCAGGAGCGUGUCAAGCAUCGAUAGUUUUGCGAGCUGCUCCACGGACAUCAGCGAAGUGGAGAAAACGGCUCUGCUCCCCAACGUGAUGCAGUCCAGACACCCUCGUGCUCCUCCUCCUCUAGAUCUGAGCCAGAUCACCUCCUUAAAUGCAAAGGCAUCUGAAAAGUCAAAACAGCCCCCAAUCAUCAAGGAGGGUCUCUACGAGUUUGUCCAGUACAAGCCGGAGGGCAGCGCCCGAUCUCAAGGCGAGGAGAACCGAAGCUUUGAUAUGAGCACUGAAAGUGUAACCGGCUCUCCGAAAAGACAUGCCAAAGGUCUCCAGGUCAACUUCACUGACUUGGAGCAGCAUGAAGAUGAUGCAUCACCUGGCUUGCAUCUGGUGGUCACAGAUGACACGGUACCACUAACACCACAUUCUCGACAAAGUCCCAAAACCCCAGGAAGAGGUUUUGAAGGGGAAGGAGCGAUGAGUUCUCCUGUUUUCACUCCAUCCUCUGGUGAGAGCCUAAGAGGAAAGAAUCACAUUGACAAGCUGAUGGUUUCUCCUGCUUCACCUAAAAUUGUGCUGAAUUGUUCUCCCAGCAUGGAGGACACUUCAGACAGCAGUCAAAGUGCACAGAAGGUCGUCAAUCACCUCCUCUCUCCAGACAUUCUCAAAUUGACCGGGGAUGGGAACGUCUCACCACCAUGUGAACCUGGCAUGUAACACUGACCUGGCCCUUUAGAUACCUGUGGACUGACUAAAAAUCAAGGCAUUAAUAGGGAAAAGGUCAAUGGAGUCUAGCUGAACUGGCCGAGGCACACGGACCCUCUGAUAUUGCAAAGAGACUUCUUUAGCUUUGCGUGAUGGGAUAUAUUUACCAGUGGCUGAUGGAACUGCAUUCUAACAGAGGAAGAUACUUAUACCAUGAUACCAUAAUGACCUGGUGUGCAGGACGGACAAUCAUGAAACUCGUCCUGUCUUAUUGUGUGCUGAUUACAUUCGUGAUUUGGAUUGGUGAGUCUGGGAACUGUACUGUUGUACUUCAGAUCUACUCCUGAUCCACAGAAGUAUGACUGAGCAGAAAUACUGCCCAGUCUGACAUACUGACAUGCUAACAAGUCUCCACCCAAUAAGUAAUGACACAUGGCUAAAGGUGUGAACUAUCCAGUUUUAGUUCGGGUUAACUAGUAGUCUAUUCACUGAUAGUAAAAGUAAAACCGGUGUAUGCAAAUUAGUUCAUAGGACAUGAAUAUGACGAUGCAUUAAAAUGUUCUCAAAAAUGCCUUCAUGAGGUGAUCUCCUCCUGAUCGCUAAGCUUUCAUGUCAGUAUUUUGAGAGUCGCUCUAACUGCCCUCUCGUUCACAUAAGGCACAAUAUACAAGACCAAAAAAAAAGAACGGAAGCAAGAUAUAUACAAAAUAUUCAGCUACCUACAUUAGCAUGCUAGUCUUCAUCUGUUCAGCGCAUUUAAAGAGUGGAAAUGAUGCAUGCAUGCAUUAGACCAGUUGUCCAGCACAUUUUAACACUGUGGACAAAACUUGCUGUAAGAUGUCUUGCCUUUUAUAAAAUAUCUGCGUCACUUAUAUAGUGACGGACAAAGCGGCGCCUCCUGCUGGAUAAACAAAAAAACAGCACUUUAUAUUAAUGGUAAUAGCCAUUAGCACAGAACUCGGCUUUUCCGUAAUCACCAGAGAUAACGGUCUGCAUGACCGACAUACGUAAAGGCUGGUCUUUAUUUUAUCUGUAGUUCACGAAAAACAUUACAGAUCACAUGGAUUAUUCUCUCUGAACAAGUGAUUUUGUAAAAGACCAUUUUGGCAGGACAAAUAUUUCCUGUUUUGAGUAUUUAUGAAGAAUUAUGCGUGCCUUGUCAUAAAUAUUUAUGAGAAGGCGUUACGGUAUUUGGCUUUCUUCGUAUCGGUCUGUACAGAAAAAAAGUCUAAUUUUUAUAGAGUAAUAUAUGCAAGUACAAUUGAGUUCUCAGGUUUUGUAUAACUUGAAAAGCACUAAUGUCAUGGUUUCUUUCCUCAUUAGACACGACUCUAUGUCUCACGUAUUCAUUGCAUCGAUGGAGGAAAUGCAGACGCUCCACUCAUAAUCAUGUGUUAGUUGACGUAUUUACAAUGCAAGAAUCAUUCUAUGUGGAUGAAAACUUCCCAUAACGGAUAUUUAACCUGCACAAUGUAAAGUGUACAUGACAAACUGAAGGCUGUCUUUUUCUGCAUUUACUCUCAUGCUGAUGUUUUUUGUUUUUCUUUUCUGAAGCUCAGUUUGUAGAUUUGUGGCAGUGCAACAGUAGUUCAUAUUUAUUGUACAGUAAUAUUUAAAGAUAGUGACUGGAUUGUUUCAAACACAGUAAAAUAAACGUGUUUGUACAGACCCGCAU